AACCUCUCCAGGUCUGCCUUUAAAAGCAGGACAGUUCUGCAUUACUGCAGAAAACCCCACCAACGUCCCUAGUGCGCACACAGAGCCGGAGUUUUCUUCUGGCCGAGAGGGGGAGCCCCGUGAUCCUAGCCCUCAGGAACCGGGAGUCCCGACCCAGCCCCUGCCGUCGCCAGCACCAGUUUGGGCUUCAGCGGAUUAGGAGGAGGGAGAGGACCAGAGCCCUAGGGUCCGGAGCCCAGUGCCUUUCCGAACCUGCACAAAGUUUUCCUUUGGGAUACGAACACGCGAUCGUGGGCCACGGUUCCCGGAGCUCCUGUGCCUGCCCCAGCCCAGCGACCGCAUCCCUCUACAAGCCAGGGGUACUGGGUAUUACCGAGCUGAGCAGUUGGGAGGCUCCACACCAUGAACCGUGCUUUCAGCAGAAAGAAAGACAAAACAUGGAUGCAUACGCCUGAAGCUUUAUCAAAACAUUACAUUCCCUAUAAUGCAAAGUUUCUUGGCAGUACCGAAGUGGAGCAGCCAAAGGGAACAGAAGUUGUGAGAGAUGCUGUCAGGAAGCUGAAGUUUGCAAGACACAUCAAAAAAUCUGAAGGCCAGAAGAUUCCUAAAGUUGAAUUGCAAAUAUCAAUUUAUGGAGUAAAAAUUCUCGAACCCAAAACAAAGGAGGUUCAACACAACUGCCAGCUUCAUAGAAUAUCAUUUUGCGCAGAUGAUAAAACUGACAAGAGGAUAUUCACUUUCAUAUGCAAAGAUUCUGAGUCAAAUAAACAUUUGUGUUUUGUAUUUGACAGCGAAAAGUGUGCUGAAGAAAUUACAUUAACAAUUGGCCAAGCUUUUGACUUGGCAUACAGAAAAUUUCUAGAAUCUGGAGGAAAAGAUGUAGAGACAAGAAAACAGAUUGCUGGAAUGCAGAAAAGAAUCCAAGACUUAGAAACAGAAAACAUGGAACUUAAAAAUAAAGUACAAGAUUUAGAAAGCCGGUUGAGAACAACUCAAGUGUCCACGUCUCCAGCCCAUGGUGUGACAGUGAUGUCUCCUACCACUGACAUCUUUGACAUGAUUCCAUUUUCCCCAAUAUCACAUCAGUCUCCAACAUCUGCUCGCAAUGGCACACAGCUACCACCCAUACCUAGCAGAUCUGCUGAGACCAAACGGGACCUUUUUGGAGCUGAACCUUUUGACCCAUUUAACUGUGGAUCAGGGGACUUUCCUCCUGAUAUUCAGUCCAAAUUGGAUGAGAUGCAGGAGGGGUUCAAAAUGGGACUAACUCUUGAAGGAACAGUGUUUUGUCUCGACCCAUUAGACAGCAGGUGCUGACGUCAUGAAUGAGUGAUCCUGACAUGCUUAAUUUGUUUAUUUACAUAUAUGUCAUUCAUUAUUUUAAGACAGCUAUUAUACUUGUGCCAAUAUAUUUUUGAAUAUCUAAAUGUUUUUAGAUCUGUUGAAGUAACAAUAUCCUUACUUUCACUGUUGAUUUAUCUUUUAUUUUAAACAGGACUUAGUAUAAUGUAUAUUGGACUUUUAUGUUCCCUUUUACAUUGUGGGUGAAUUUAUAAUUGAAAAACAGAUUUUCCGGCUUUGUCUGAAUUUUAAACUAUCAUUACCUUGACAUUUAUGCUCAUUCUCUAGGACAUUAGUUCAUUAUCCUUUUCCCAAAAAGCCAUACCUUGAUAUCAUCUAAAUAUCUGAAGAGACAGGCCAAUAUAUAUGUUCUAUUUUGACAACAAUAAAUAGGCUACCAGUGAUUAGCUCUAUGUCAUUUUGUGAAUAAAAGGUUUACCUCAUUAUGAAAACGUAAAGUUUAGCUAUUAUGCUACAAUCUUACUAAAUUCUAUCUGGUAAAAUAAGAAUAUAAGUUUUAGUAGUAAUCACAGAAAAUAUAUUUAAACUAUUAGUAAAUAUGAAAUAAUAAUUUCAGUCAUUUAAGUUAUAUUCUAAACAUGUUUAAUUUGUCUCAAAAGUAACAGUUGAGGAAAAAUUGCUUCUUUGGAAAACUUAAAAUUUCCUUUCUAAUGUGCUGUCAUAUUAGUGUAUCACUGGGCUAACAUCUGCUCGAGUAUUUUAAGAAAUGAAGUUUUUACUUUCUACAGAUGUGAUGCCUAUUGCCUGUUUUUAUGUUACCAAUAUUCUGUAGUUAUCAUGUGAUAUCGUAUUUCUUUCACUAGUCUUAUGCCUCAAUGCCAUACUAAUUUUCAUCCUUUAAAUUUUUGGUGGCAUAUUUUAUUUAAAUUUGAACAAUUUAACAAUUUUAAUUUUCAUUUGCUCUGUUAAAGUCAGAAUUUCAUUUUUCACACACACACAAAAACUCAUCAGCUUUAUCAUGAAUAUGAGCAAUAAAACUCCCCAGCACUCAUUCUGAUGUACUAAUGAACCUACCCUUUGAAAACAUAUGCUUCCACAACAUUUGCCCAUAUUAUAAAAUGCUACCAGUGCAGAAAAAAAUUAUUGUUGAAAGUUCUGAUGUGGUUUAUCACAAUAAAAGAAAAAUAAAGUAGUGAAAAUCUGGGUUUAGUUUGUGGGAAUUUUAUCAAAACUAAUUGGAUAUGUUACACCUGGAGUUUUAUGGAAGUGUUAAAGGUUCCUUUCCAUUAGGAGCAGAGCAGAAAUCAAAUGUGCUUAUGUAAUUUUAUGUUUGAAUGAUGAUGCCCUAUGGCAUACAUAUGGCAUUCCUGCUCAUGUUCUGUUAUACCUGCUAAGUUAGACCUUAAUUAGCAGGUACUGUGUAUUUCAUCAGGAAGUCUUUGUAGUUCUAGAUACUCAGCUAGUAUUUUGGAAUUUGUAUAAUGAGAAUGUGUAGAAGCCAUCUAUAUGGCUUUUUUAAAAACAGAAUUUGUUAUUUUUAUUGUACUUUUAAAAGCUUUAUGUAAUAGGUAUAUAUUUAGCAAACAUUUAGUAUCAAUUGUAACACAAUAGAAUACUAAGAUGAUAUUUGCACAUUUAUGAUAUGUUACUUACCAGUUUUUAAUGGUGACCUGUUCUGCUACUGGCAUGAUCAAAUAGUAGAUAGAAUUGGUCAUUAAUAUGAACAUUAACUUCACCAGUGAAUUUUUAUGAAGACAUGAUUGGAAAUUUAAUUUCUAUGUAGACUCAAUGAUAUGUAUGAUUUUGCUAAGAAUAAAAGAUUUUAAAUAAA